AUGGCUUUAUGGCUUACAUCAUCACAAUUAGGUAUUCGUCGUGAGAUACAAAUAACUAAUUUUUAUACGAAUCAAAAAUUUACAGAAUAUACAAUUGAAAUUCGUCUUGAUGAUGUACAAUGGUAUGUAAAAAAACGUUAUAGUGAAUUUGCUGAAUUUCAUGAAGAAUUAAUAAAACAAAUUCCAACAAUUGAUGCAAAAAGUUUACCACCAAAAAAAUUAUUAAAUAACAAUUCACCAGAUUUUAUUCAUCGAAGACGUUUAGCAUUAGAUAAUUAUUUAAAAUAUUUAUUUCAAUUUUUUACUAUGAAUUCAAUGCAAUUACCUGAAUGUUUUGUUAAAUUUCUAGAUUUUCAUCUUUAUGAAGUUCAUGGCAUUGUAAGAAAAUUAGCGGAAGAAUUAUUUUUAAAUGGUGACAAAAUUUUAUCAGCAUCUGGAAAAAAAGUUUUUUCUAUAAGUCCACUUCAAAUGCAUGCAAUAACCCGGCGUAUCAAAUUGGCUGAACCACCUUGUGGUAAAUAA